AUGGAGUUUGGUAGAUGUUCAAGUUCAUUCUCCGCAAUAUUGGACAGUGCUCAAGAAAAGGGUCUCUCUUGUGUCCCUCAAGAAUAUGUGAUUCCAACGUUGCAUAGACCAAAAGAUUAUGCAAAUGUUGCUGUUAUUGACAUGGGUGCACUUAAGCAUGGCUCACCAACAAGGUCUUGUGCUAUUCAACAACUAAGAGAUGCUUCUCAUCGUUUGGGUUUCUUUCAAGUUGUGAACCAUGGAGUGAGUGAAUCAGUGAUUGAUGAUGCUGUAUUUGUUGCUUCGAAAUUCUUUGAAUUGCCGAGAAAGGAGAAGAUGAAGCUGAUGUCAAAUGAUGUUUUCAAGCCAGUGAGGUAUGGGACGAGUUUAAAAGAUGGAAUUGACAAGGUUCAAUUUUGGAGGGUUUUUCUCAAACACUAUGCCCACCCAUUAAAGGAUUGGAUCCACUUCUGGCCACAAAAUCCAUCCGAUUACAGGGAAAAGAUGGGAAGAUACUGUGAAGAGGUGAAGAAAUUGAGCACAGAGUUGAUGAUGGCACUGAUAGAGAGUCUGGAAUUAGAUGAAUGCAAAAAUGUAAGAAAAAAGAUUGAAAAUGGGAUGCAAGUGAUGGCUGUGAAUUGCUACCCUCCAUGCCCUGAACCAGAGAUUGCACUAGGGCUACCUCCACAUUCAGACUAUAGUUGCUUAACCAUUUUGUACCAGAACCACCCUGGGUUAGAGAUAAUGGAUCUGGAAGAUGGAACAUGGAAGGUGGUUCCACACAUUCCUGGUGCCCUUCAGGUGCAUGUGGGUGACCAUUUUGAGGUACUCAGCAAUGGCUUCUACAAGAGUGUUGUCCAUAGGGCUACCCUUAACAAGGACAAGACAAGGAUCUCCAUCACUGCCUUGUUCAGUUUAGGGUUGGAUGAUAAAAUGGAGACUGCUCAAGAGCUUGUGGAUGAUGAACAUCCUAAGAUGUAUAGAGAGAGCAGCUUCAGAGAUUUUCUUAAUUUUCUCGCGUCCAAUGACAUUGCUGAGGGGAACAACUUCAUCGACAUGCUCAAGAUCAACUACAACUAGUGUUUCAAAUAACAUUCAAAAACUUAUGAUUGGUGCUUGGUUUUCUCUCACAUCUCAGUGCAUGGCUUGGUAAGAAGAUGAAAUAAACUUCUCUUGGUAUUUUGGUUUCUUGCAUGCCAAUAAAGACCAAUGUACUUGGCAUAUUG